GCCUCGCGAGUUUUCGUUAAAAAAUGGUAGUCCCCGGCGUUUGCAGCGCUAUGGAGUUGUUGUUGGGUGUCCAUUGAAGUUGAAGAAAAACGGAGAAAACAGCUAGUUAACAGCCAGAGGUUACCUCAGGCCGGUUUAAUCUCCGUCGGAAAAGCCGAGAGAACGACAUACCGGAGAGAAUCCACCGGGGGUUCAGCGGAUUUACCACGGGAUUCCGUGAUUUUCUCGUGGCGCUUUAAGAGCAUUUUAUGUUCGUGGCAGUCAGUGGUGAAGUGGUAGUUGGUGCUAGUGUUUUAUAACACAAUCCCCUACAUUUUUCAUUGUUAUCCGUUGAUUAUUGUCCCAGUGAAACAGAUCAGUCAGAUCAAUUCAGUGAAAAUCAUUGGAUCUCGAUAAAUCUCAUUGGAUCGUCGGGGGAAACCGACGGAAAUAACCUGAAAUAAUCGCAUUCCACUCGGCGUUUUCACCGUUUUCUACUCAACUCAAGCAUUAUCGUAAUACCUCGGCAUUUAGCAGUUCCUUGUUGUCACUGAAGUGUCUUGUGUUUCAACAAUAAGCCGAAAACAAUGGGGAGAACAUUUUGUCAUUCGUGCAAGAAAAAAUGCAGUGGCGAAGUUUUGAGAGUCCAGGAUAAGUACUUUCACAUAGGAUGUUUCAAGUGUGCACAGUGCAAUAAUAGUUUAGCGCAAGGAGGAUUUUUCGCUAAAGAGGGAUCCUACUAUUGCACCAAGGAUUAUCGCGAGCGCUGGGGAACGAGAUGUGCAGGUUGUGGUGAAUACGUCGAGGGUGAUGUAGUGACAGCAGGUGAAAAACACGCGUUUCAUCCAAAUUGUUUUCACUGCCAGAGAUGCAGACAGCCCCUGCUGGGGCAGGGAACGAAAGUGACACUUGUUCAAGGUCAAGCACUGUGCCAUCGGUGCGUGGGUAUUCCAGUGCGCGAUGCAUCAACUCCACUUGGAAGCAAGUCCCAGGAUGGAGAAAUGAAGAGUGCUAUGGGGAGUCACGAUGCUAAUUCCUGUGCUGGAUGUGGAGGAAAACUCCAGGAGGGGCAGGCACUUGUCGCCCUUGACAGACAGUGGCAUGUUUGGUGUCUAAAAUGUCACACCUGUGACAGUGUUCUCCAUGGAGAGUACAUGGGAAAAGACGGUGUCCCGUACUGUGCAAAAGAUUAUCACAAGCAAUUUGGGGUAAAGUGUGCGUACUGCAGUCGUUAUAUCAGUGGAAAGGUCCUCCAGGCAGGAGAGAAUCAUCAUUUUCAUCCAACCUGUGCUCGUUGCACCAAGUGUGGAGAUCCCUUUGGUGAUGGAGAGGAGAUGUAUCUCCAGGGGGCUGCUCUCUGGCAUCCACGAUGUGGACCUGGGCCCACUGGGCCCAAUGGCAUAGUUAAUGGUAAUGGAGCCAUUGAUGUUCACACUCCACAGCACAGGGAACAAUCGGAACGGAUUUCCAGCAGUGCCUCGGAGAUGCAGUAUUCCCUGAGAUCACGCACACCCAGUUUGAAUGGAUCGUUGUUGUGCAGCCCCUAUAGCAGCCUCAGUCGCAAGUACUAUCCAGCACGCACGGGCUCACCAGGACUCAUCCUGAGGGAGUAUGGGCGAGGAGAGGACAUCUCUCGCAUAUGCACUUAUUCGUAUUUAACGGAGACGCCGAGUCAAGGCUACCUGAGACGUCCGAUCCAGCCGUACGAUAAGCCUCCCACGAGCCCCCACUUUCAUCGUCCAAGCUCUUCGAGAUCGAUAAGAAGCAGUGGAGGCAGGAGCAGUCGCUCGGGCAUGAGAGCCCUGGUGGAUGCACUAAGCGAGACUCGGCCCAAAUCACCAGCAGCUGGAAGUCAAGUGGACAACGAUGAGCCCAUCGAAUUAGCCCACUAUCCUGACGCCAUGAAGCGUCCACCUGGUGCAAAACCUCCCAUAGAGCGUGAUGACUUCCCUGCACCACCUUAUCCCUAUACGGAUCCAGAGAGACGUCGAAGGUGGUCUGACACCUACAAGGGAGUCUCCGACGACGAGGACGAGGAUCUCACUGCCACUGAGACCAACGAUAAGGAUAUCCUCGAUGGCGUUCAGAAGAACUACAUCAAGGAGGCGGAGCAGAAACUCAAAAAGGAGCAGGAUGAGCUGAGUAAAAUCGAUACUGGAAUUGCUAAGGUCUUUCUACAUGAUAUUGAGAAGAAUAGAGAGAACCUGAGACACAGGGCGGCUAAUGUCGAUCCCAGAAAUGCUUCCAGGACGCCCUCGGCAGCUAGAGAACCAACAUAUCGACUACGAUAUGAGAGUCCAGUUGGUGCAUCACCAUCAAGGAAUAUCGAUCACGCUCGACCCUGGGAAGACGAGGACGGCGUAAGUUACAAAUCCAGCACUGGCCCCAGCUACAACGCCGGGAGAUCAUCGACUCGUUCCCCAGCACCCAGAAACUAUCCACCUAUCGGUAAUCAACGCGCCUUCACACUUCCAAACGCUGCUAGGCACUAUCAGUCGGGUGAUUAUUCAUUCAGUGGAAUGGGCGACAAAACCCACAGCACCGAUUUUUCGUCUGGCAAGUCAGAUAUAUCGACAGGCAGCAUCACAGACGUGGACCGCCGAGCCCUGGUAUGUACAGCAGCCCCGUACUACUCACGAAGAAUAAGCAUGAAUGAUGGGGGCAUAAUGCCUUCAUCCACGACGUACACCGGUGGUCUUGGAACUGCUGGUGCUGGUCAUGGACAUCACAUAAGACGCUCACUGCCCGACAUGGGUGCUGCCCCAGCCGAACCACCAAAGCUUUAUCCUUAUCACCUGCUUAUUAUUACAAACUACAGACUGCCGGCCGAUGCCGAUCGCUGCAAUCUAGAGCGACACUUGUCGGACGCUGAGUUCGAGGCGGUUCUUCAGUACAGUCGAGCCGAAUUUUACAGACUGCCACAGUGGCGUCGUAACGAGAUAAAACGUCGCGCCCGAUUGUUUUAAAACUGUAUUAGCAUUGAAUUUUUAUUCGACAAUGUGCACGAAUGCACAAUUAUCUCCUGCUGCAUGAGAAAACGAAUAUAUUAUAUGAUAUUGAGAGGGAAUAGUUUUAUCGAGAGGAAGUGAAAAGGAUUUGAUAGAGGUUUUUGGGAUCGCCAUGUCGCAUUGACGAUAUUAUAUAUGUCGUAUUCACUUUUGUAACGCUUUUUCUUUCCCUCAUUUUUUUUUCUUUUUUUUUCAAAUACAUUUUAGAGUCUAGAGUUGUUCAUGAGUCAUUACGAGAACAAAACAACUUCGCUUCAUUUAGAUAGGAAUGAUCGACGAAUGAGCGCACUAUAAUAUAAUUGAGGUAAAGAUAUCGUUCGUCCAUCAUUUUUUUUUAUAAAAAAAAUACAGAAGAAUACAUGUAAUUCUUGCGGAUUUAGAUUCGUGUAUGUAUUUAUCAGAUAAGUUUUCAAAUAGUUAUUUCUAUUCGUUUGCUCCGGUGUCUUUAAUUUAUCACAUUUUUAAACAUGUUUUAAUCACUCUGGAAAACGAUUCUUUGGCAACUAAAAUAGAUAUACUGCCAGAUUGAUAUUCCAAGGGAAUAGAAGUGCAUAAUUCGAUAGGGGGAUUUCGUGAGGAUCAAGUUAUCGAGAUAGCUGAAACGUAAAUGGUAUUUUAACGCUGUUUGUUCGAGUAUUGAAGAUGAUACUCCCAUAAAUAUUUCAAUAUUUGCAUUUUAUCCAGAGUCAUGUGCCUAUUAUGGAUAAAUGUCGGUGACAUUUUCAUAACACAGACAAUGUUUUUUUCUCUCUUCAUCGGCAGCAAAAACCUUGAUAAGGAGCAUUGAAAAUUAUCGCAUAUCGUUAAGAUAAUGAAUUAUCCGUGCAAUGUUAAUUUUUUUUUGUGAAGCAAAAUUAAAAGGUGUAAUGAGGAAAAUUUGGAAAUUGUCGUAGAGGCGCGAGAUACGAUGGUGCAAUUGGUUUUGAUUUUUGGGAUAACCAGAUGAAAAUUAAAACUGUUUUACAUUUGCCGUGUUGUAUGAAGCACACACUGCUUCCGCUAGUCCACUAGCAUAAAUGAAACAAAAGUUGAAUAAAUACGCAAACUACGAGUAA